AUGGACACAGCUUCUGUUAUUAAUCUUAUAAUUGUCGUGUAUGGAGUUUGCCUGAAGCAAGGCGAUGGACCAGCACCAGAAGAAGUUCUGACAGCAGUACCAGCUGGAGAUGACCGCAUUGCAUUCAAAUCUGGAUAUAACAAGUACAUUGGAGUUGAUGGGUCAGGUCGUGUUGUUGGACGAGCUGAUGCGAUUGGACCAAGAGAAAUGUGGCAACCAAUUUUCCAGGAUGGCAAGACAGGGCUGUUAGCAGUAAAUGACUGUUUCCUUGGCAUUGAUGAGGAUGACAAUGUCAUUGCCAAGAGUCCCACUGCAGGAAAUUAUGAGAUGGUUACUAUCCGCUCAAAUACUGUUAGGGAAUGUGAUAAGCCUAAGGAAAUACCUGAGGAAGAACGAGGGAAAUUAAAAGACGUAGAAGUGAAUUACGUGAAAAAAUUCCAGAAAUUUCAAGACAAACGUUUACGGAUUAAUGAAGAAGGCGUAGCUGUGUUAAAAGAAGCACGUUCAGAGGGUUAUUUACAUGAAGCUUUGCUUGACAGACGCUCAAAAAUGAAAGCUGAUAGAUACUGUAAAUAA